UCAAUUAUACAUGCGCUUGCGAAACUUGGCCAGAAAGAAACCUAUCGACCUGCACACACAUACAAAGGCACAACACGUCAACAAGUUGGUAUGCAGCAUGCAAAGCCCUCUGUCUGUGACACGUACGUGUACCUUCCCUGCACAGGACAGAACCGCUGCACCAUGCCGCACUCGUCAGCACUCAGCACCUGCACGACCCAUGACCACGAGGCCAGGCCAGUCGACAGCUGCAUGUGGGCUGGUCGUUCGUUUGCUCGUCACUCGCCUGUCCGUGUGCGUCAUGGGGCGAAGGUCCGCCCACCCUCGGUGUGGCGUCCACCAGCGACAGGGGGAGAUUGUCAACCGCCCACAGCACCGCACACUCGUUCUCUGAACAAACAAUCCGUGUACGAUUAAUCGACGGCAGACGGACAGAUGUCGCCAGUAUUUGCUAAUGGGUGUACCUGUCUUGGUGACAGAGCAAGUCGAAUAUACCAGUGUGCCGCCGGCUUUGAGCAGGCCACAGCCCCUGUUUGCAGAUGCAGCGCACACACAUACAUGCAUGGGUGGGAAGAUGCGCAUUGCAGCGACUGGGUGGGUAUGCAUACGUACCUUUGGAUGAGCCUGCGCUGUAUCUGUGAGAGCGAGUCGAUGUGGAGGUCGCCCUCACCAAACGUCAGACGGGGACGCAAUCCUGCACACACAUGAAUGUCAUUCAUGUCUUUGAGGUCGUGUGUUUGGCAAGGCACCUACCUGUGGCGCUGCAGGGUGCGUCAAUCAGCACUCUGUCGAAUUGGCCACCUCUGAGACACGCACACACAUGCCCGUGUCUGUGUGUGCCGUGUCCUUGCGGCGUGCCUACUGCAGGUCUUGACAGGCACACACACACACAGAGAGAGAGAGAGAGAGGGGGAGUGUGUGUGUGUGCGGAGGGUGUACCUGGGGGUAGAUUGAUUGCCCACCCACCCACUGGGCCAAGUACUUUGUCAGAGAAAAGAAGUCGUUUAUAAAAGGGUCGUUCCAU